GCAUGUCAAAUCAAGCCAAAGCAAGAAGAAUCGCGGUUCUCGGUUCAAGAGCCGUUGGCAAAUCAUCACUUGUGAUUCAAUUCUGUGAGAAUCAUUUUGUCGACAGCUACUAUCCAACUAUCGAAAAUACCUUUACCAAGACUAUUAAAUACAGAGGACAUGAAUAUGUUGUUGAAAUUAUGGACACAGCUGGUCAGGAUGAAUACUCUAUUCUGUCAUCUCAUCAUGCCUCAAGUGUAAACGGCUAUGUUCUUGUGUACUCUAUCGCCUCCCGCUCUAGCUUUGAUAUGAUUAAGAUUAUUCGAGACAAGAUUCUCGAUUUCACUGGCCUGGAAACUGUUCCCUGUAUUAUUGUCGGUAACAAAUCUGAUCUGAAUAUCCAAAGACAAGUAACACUGGAAGAAGGAAAGGAACUUGCUCAGCAGUGGGCAUGUCCUCAUAUUGAAACCUCUGCCAAGCACAAUGAGAAUGUUGCCAAGAUUUUUGAUAUGCUUAUUGCUUCUAUCGAAAAAGCAAACAACCCUCCUUCUGAAGAGAAGAAUGCUUGUUCAGUCAUGUAAAAGCUCUUAAUUUUGGUAAUUAAAUCUCUUCUCUUUUUUCUUGAAGAAAAAAAAGGGCACAUUCUAUUGUUAUUAUUAGUUGCUGUUCUUUUUUGUUGUUGUUACUACUCAUGUUAAGUAUAGUCAAUCUUCCUUUUUUACAUUUGAAUAUUUUGUACAUUUUUUCUUGAGGAUUUUACUCGUCACCAUAAUAAAGAUCUCUUAAAAACAAGG